CAGAGUGUUAGAUGCAGUAAAACUACAUCUUGAACUCGUCCCAAAUAACUGUUACAACAAGGAUGUGAUGACGUGAUUAGGCACACUGCGUGAUAACAUCAUUGAGAUGGUGUUACGUUCAUGUUUGACGAGGCCGCCAUGUCGAACGUAGUAUAUGAUAAACUUUACCCGGCAGGAACAUGAAUUGUAAGUUCAGUAGUUUCUGAAAAGAUCAACUGAUCGAGCCAAAAUAUUCGAUAAGUUUUAACAGAGUUAAUAUGAAGAUUGGAAAUAAAGACAGAAACGUCACUCAUAACUGAAGCAUAGCUUUUGUCUGUGAUCCAACAUGGCCACGCCUAUAACGGAAGCAGCCAAUCCUAUUACACGUAACAUCGACGUGGCCACACCUACAGAAAUGUUGGGUCUACUCCAGAAGUGUGACUCUGAAAUAUUCCAGGGCUGGCAAGACUACCAGGGUCUGUACCAUCCUGCUACUUCGCAUACGAUUGAACAGAUAUCACAGGAAGUGAAGUCAAUACUGCAGACCCCGGACACAGGACUAGUCAUCUUUAGUGGGUGUGGCACCUCAGGCAGACUGGCCUUCGUCACCGCCAGAACGUUUAAUCGGAGACAAGAGAAGGAUGGAAAGCCUCCCUGCUUCAAGUAUCUGAUAGCUGGGCACGACAAGGCAUUGUUUACCUCUCAGGAGGCUCCAGAGGACGAUCCGGCCAUCGGCAUACAUAUGCUCCGAGAGGCAUGUGUUGGGAAAACCAAGGUGCUAUAUAUAGGGAUCACGUGCGGCCUAUCGGCGCCGUACGUGGCGGGACAACUUCACUACUGUAUGCAGAAUCCGGACUACAUCACACCUGUCCUAGUGGGGUUCAACCCCGUCAGUCUAGCCAGGAACAUAGAGAUUGAGAACUGGAAUCGGACCUUCUCAAACGUAGCCUAUCAGCUUCAGGAAGUUGCGAAGACAGGGAAAGGCUUUAUUCUCAAUCCUGUGAUAGGGCCGGAACCGAUCACUGGAUCUAGUCGUAUGAAAUCCGGUUCCACCACAAAGAUUCUACUAGAAGCUAUACUAGUAGCUGCCUACGACAGCCUCGCCAACCCAUCUCAUGCAUGGGACACGCAUGCGCACCUGGAGACGUAUCGAAUGACAUGUGAUCACGUUUACAGUCAAAGCGAGGCUGUGGCGGGUCUUAUACAACUCGCUGGAAAUAGCCUGAACGCGGGAGGCAGUGUCCACUACCUCGGAUGGGACGGAAUAGGAGUAAUGGCAUUAAUUGACGCUUCAGAGUGUCCUCCUACAUAUGGUGCUACCCUUGAUGAUAUACGAGGAUUUGUUGAAGAAGGAUAUUCACUACUGUCAAACAAUGCAGGAGAUAUAGGGCAUUUGGGAAAACAUUUUAAAAUUUCCUUACAGACGUUUGAAUCCGAUAUAUUGCCGGAUUUAACAGAAUCUGAUCUCGUCAUUUUGUGUCAUAGUGGAGGAGCUGUACACCUUGCACCCAAACUAUGGAAAAGUAAAUGCAAAAAGGGCAUUAUCACGUUUGAUGCUGAUUUCAAAUCGAAUGUGUAUGACCAGUUCGACAAGUCUGUGACCUUGACCUUGCCCGCAGAUGAUAUCAAGUCAUCAGUAGGAGACGGGAUUUGGGACCAGUGGCAACAACUAUAUCAGGAGAUAGCAACAAAGUGGGUCUGUAACGCAGUCACUACAGGGGCGCACGUGCUUAAGGGCAAGGUUUUUCAAAACAUCAUGGUGGACCUCAAAGUCAGUAAUAACAAAUUGUUCCACCGGGCUGUUGGAAUUAUACAGAGGUUUAGUUCGCUGUGUGAGGAGGCCGCUACGGCUGUACUACUAAAGUCUGUUUAUCAGACGGAUGUCCCCACGCAGACACAGCUGUCAUUGUCUACCUCGUCUCAUAUAGAGCGCGCCACGGCCAUGGAAAAGGGUGUCCCGUGUGCACUGCUGACCGCCAUCACCAAGUGUUCAAUAGCAGAGGCGUUACUGCUCAUAGACAAGCAACCAGUCAUCCGGACAGCUAUAUCCGACUCCAUGAAAAACUUUAAAUCCUCUUAGUACUAUAUUAUCGCUAACUGGUCAUUAGUGACUGCUCAGUUUCAUUUGCUAGAUGAAAUCAAACAAUGGAACCAUAUAAAACGUACGUCUAUCAGGAAGCCGUUUCUAUAACAAUACUUUAGCGCAAAUGUAUUGUAAAUCUCUUUUUUUCUUUCUUUUUUUUAAUGAGUAGAAAAUACAGCAUUUCUUUGACCAAAACAGUCGCAAAUGUAACAUCACGAUCGGAUUCAUCCUGAAACUCCAAGGGUUCCACUUGAUAUACCUAUUUUUCCUGCACCCAGAACUAAUUCCUGGUAAAAUCGCGACCCCUUUCGGAUGAUACAAUUAGACUAGUACGAUGUCUUCGAUUAAAAUCAAUGAAAUCGCGCGCAAGCGUAAUGAUAAAUUCUACAGGCUUUAGAAUUUGUCAAAUUGCAGGUAUCUGCCUAACGAUUGGUCAGGGUUUUAUACCUGAAACUAAUCAAAUAGCUUUCUGCUAACGUUUGUUAUUGCCAUGACAUAUCAUCGGGAUGUAGAGAAGUUGUAUGUAACUAUAGCGAAAUUCUUGGACUUCGAGGAUUACCUCAUCGUGGCACUUUUGAAUUGAAACACUAGUUUAUACAACAUCUUGAAUAGAUGCAUACAGAACAACAUUACCAAUCUAAGACAGUUGUACAGGUCAUUUAUAUAUAACAAGA